CUUCAUGAUUGUCAUUAUUUUCUUGCAUUUGUGGGCUUUCCCAUUAAUUGUGAAACACCCAUCAAUUGUUGAACUCAUUUUCUGAUUAGGUGUUCAUGGUAUAUAUUGCUUCGAGUUUCAAAAAACAUGGGAUUUGUUGAAAGAAAGGAGAGUGAUGAACAUAAAGAUAGAAACAUCGAAAACUCGGGAGCAGACUCGGAGGUCGAAGAUUCCGGUGGGGCGCCACCAAAGAUUAAUAGGAAUAUGAGCGAGAGUUCCGUAUGUGCCACAGAAGAUGAAGACGAAGAAGAUGUUCAAGGGAAGUUACAAAUCGGCCCUCGUCGCACUCUUAAAGAACAAUACGAAGCGGAUAAGGAUGACGAGAGCUUGAUGAGGUGGAAAGAACAACUGCUUGGAGCUGUCGAUAUUAACACUGUUGCGGAAACUCUAGAUCCAGAAGUCAAGAUUUUGAGCCUUGCUAUUGUAUCUCCUGGUAGACCGAAUUUGGUUCUUCCGAUCCCUGAUAACGGAAAAAUCAAAGGAACGUGGUUUACGCUAAAAGAAGGGAGUCGUUACACGAUCAAAUUCACUUUCCAAGUUCACAACAACAUUGUAUCCGGUCUCAAGUACACCAACACAGUCUGGAAAACUGGUUUGAAAGUUGACAGAACAAAAGAAAUGAUCGGCACCUUCAGUCCUCAACAUGAGCUCUAUACCCAUCAAAUUCCUGAAGAUAUUGCCCCUUCUGGCAUACUUGCUAGAGGAUCAUAUUCAGCAAAAACUAAGUUCGUUGAUGAUGAUAACAAGUGCUACUUGGAGUUGAACUACACAUUUGAUAUCAAGAAAGAAUGGCAAUCAUCUUGAAGUUUCCAUAUCCCAACAAAUCUCGGUUUUUUUUGUUAUAUUUCUUCUGAAUGUUGUUUCAUCAUCACUAAAAUGCAAGAAUUAAUUAUAAGGCUGGGUUAAUCUAUGAAUUCGGUGUAUAAUUG